AUGCUGCCUCCACCGAUUGACCCCACCACCCUCAACCAAAUCGCGGCCCUGUGGAUGUGGAACCGACACCAGCAAGCCCUCGAUCAGCAAAUCUAUGUCCGAGCCGACCGCACGGCGUUUGUCCGCCCCGAGCGCUGGGAGCCUUGGAACGACGACCGGCUUCCUCUCGUGCGGUUCAUUGAGUAUUUCCGAAUGUCGAGGGCCGAUUUUGCAUGGCUAAGUGAUGAGCUGCGCGAGACAUUGCAACAGGAUCCCCUCCGCCGGGGUGCUCCAUUAUCCGUUGAGGCUCAGGUGGCGGUGGGGCUCUAUCGUUUAGGCCAUGGCGCAACUUACGUGAUGAUUUCACACGUUUUCAAUAUUGGGAAGGAAACGGCAGACAAAGCGACCGGUCACUUUGUCCAAGCGGUUCUCAAGGUCCUGAGGCUGCAGACAAUCAGCUUUCCGGGGUUAGAUGCACACGACAAAUGGGACGAGAUCAUCGAGUUGUUUGAAUGGCGACAUGGCAUUCCGGACAUCGUAGGGGCUAUCGAUGGGACUCACAUCCCGUUGGCCAUUCCACCUUCGGAUGAGUGGAAGGGUUACAUUAAUCGGAAGAACUGGGCUUCCUUGGUGUUCCAGUGCGUGGUCAAUGGUGAUGGCAACUUCCGUGAUGUAUGUGAUCCACCUCUUCACAACUCCUACAUACAAUCCACCUCUUCACAACUCCUACAUGCACUGAUGUCUGACGAACGGGUCUGGACGGUGGGGCAGGUAUUUGGCGGCGGCGCGGGCUCCAUUCAUGAUACCCGGGUGUUCCGCCGGUCCGAUCUCGGGAUUAGUUUGAACAAUGCAUUGGGCCGAGAAAUGAGGAUCCCACCGGGGACGCAUCUCAUUGGCGAUGCGGGCUACCCUUCGGAUGUAAAUGUGCUCGUCCCAUACCCUUCGGUGGUGGCACCUGAAAACGUGCACUUCAACCACAUUCAAUCGGCCACAAGGAUCAUUGUAGAACAGACAUUCGGUCGACUGAAAAACCGGUUCCGCAUCCUUCUCACCGCUCAAAAGGCUAACCCGGUGCGCGCGAGAAACACAGCGUUUGUUUGCAUGAUUCUACACAACCUACUCAACAAACGCGGCACACUAUACUUGCAAGGUUGGGACGAACGAUCACGACACGAGUUACGCUUCGGAGAACUGCCCAGGCUCAAUGAACAUGAUCAGACCCCCCCACCGCCUGGGGAAUCAAUGUGGACCAGGAGGGAUAGGAUCAGGGACAUGUAUAGGCGCUAG